GAAGGAUUUGAUCAUUAGCAGGCAAGUGAUGAAUCCAGCAUGUUUCUCCAAUACCCAGAAUUCCCUUUGGCUCCAGUGACAGCUCUGAUAGGGCAAGGAAAGUGGUAUAAGUUCUCACAUCUGCCUACUGACCUCUGUGCCUUUAGGGUUUCACCCUUCUGCCUCCUGUUGGCAUUUCUUCUCUCACUGGAGGAGAGAGCACUGAUUUGCGCCAUAUGGAUAUGGGAAUGUAAGAUGAAUAGCAGCUGGCCCUGCACUAGAAAGCAUUCUCGUCAUCUGCCGACUCUCAUGUCAUUCCUCCCCCCUCCCUCCUCCCCCACCCCAGAACCUGAUUCAAGGACCCUGCAUUCUGAUGAAAUCACGGAUAUUAACAUUGCCCUUAUCACUGCUUGAAAUGCUAGCUCCUGAGCUGACAAGGACAAUUCGAAACAGCGUUGGCUGACGAUUCUCCAGAUGUGGUUGGCUUCCAAGUACCCUCAGUUCCUGCCAGCAUGGCCAAUGGUCAGGGAUGCUGUGGGAGCUGUAGUCUAGCAACAUAUGGAGGGCCACAAAUCAGCCAUUCAUGGUUUAAAAUGUGCCCUGAAGGUGCAAUCCUAUACAUAUCUGUUCAGGACUAAGCCCUACAGCAUUAGCUCCCAGGAUUUGCAAACCUGAUAGUUUCUGCCUGUUUUUCUACCUAUUUCCCUGUCCAUUCCAUUCAGCUUUGUUCCAUUUCCUGUAUGCUUGGCAUGCACACUUUCCUUCUAAAAUGCUCCUUUUUCCUGGCCCUCUGCAUAGCAACCUGUAUACAGUGCUGUUUUCUGCACUUUGGUCAUAGUCCAGCACAGAGUUAGGUAAGAUUUCAGUCCGUUUGCAUGAAUGGGCAUAAGCAUGGAAGUCUAAAAGAGAGACGUGCAAACCAAAUACCCUGGGACACAUCGUAGGCCCUUGCCAGGAAAUAUUAGGGAGGCCACGUGUCCUACGGAGGACAGCCCUCUGUUGAAGGCGUCCGAGUCAAGUUUAAAGAUAAAGAACCCAUCAGAAGGAAGAGCAGGAAGAGCCUUGAAGUUGCCCGUCAACAGGGAAUGCCUAGACAGCAGGCUGGGCAGGCAAACAGGCCACCUUCCCCACUGUAGUAAAAGGCUUUCGCUCUGUUGGUACAUGCUGGUGGGAGACCUAUAAAGAGAUUAUCCCGGGAUGGUGGAUCACUUGCUUCCUGCGGAUGAGUCCUUCUCAUCUGCAAGGCCUCUUCUCGGAUACUUUGGGGACAUGACAGCAAUCGGCAGGUCGUACCACAUGCUGCCGUCCCCCUUGUCGGAAGAUGACAGCGACUCUUCGAGUUUUUGCUCUUGUUCCAGUCCUGAUUCCCAGGUCCUUAGCUCAAGCUGCGGGAGCUCGUCAAGUGCCGAGAGUCAGGACAGCAUCUUGGACUACUUGUUGUCUCAGGCAUCCUUGGGGAAUGGCCAUGCCUCUUGGUGGGACAAAAGGAGACUUCAGCCUAUUGUGAAGGAGGAGCAUUAUAGGAUGCCCGAAUUCACAGUGGAGAUGGAGGAUUCGGGACCAUUUCAGCCCACCCUGGAGGAAAUCGAGGAGUUUCUGGAAGAGAACAUGGAGACAGAGCUCAAGGAAGGACCCAAAAGCGAGACCAAAGACAUGAGAACUUGUGGCCAGAUAACUGUGGCUUCCAUGCAGCCCAAAGAUCACAUGGUACCCAGUAAUAGUUUAAAAGAUAGCAAAAGCGAACAGUCAAGCAGCACGAUGGAUGCAUCAAAUGGAGCCACGUCCCUUGAUGGGGGGAUCCCAGUCAUGCUCCAAAUCCAACCAGUGCAAGUUAAGCAAGCAUCAAACACAAGCCCUAGUUCACAGGGACCUGCACAAGAGAACAUUAAAAUUGCACAGCUCCUGGUCAACAUCCAAGGGCAAACGUUUGCACUUGUGCCACAGCUUGUUCCGUCGUCCAACUUGAACUCCUCCUCCAAAUUUGUCCGCAUAGCCCCAGUUCCGAUCGCUGCAAAACCAAUUGGGCCUGGAGGUACAAUCCAGGGGCAAACAGGGGUCAUCAUGGGUCAAAAGUUUCAAAAGAACCCUGCGGCAGAACUCAUUAAAAUGCACAAAUGUACUUUCCCCGGAUGUACCAAGAUGUACACCAAAAGCAGCCACUUGAAAGCCCACCUGAGGAGGCACACGGGGGAGAAACCCUUUGCGUGUACAUGGCCCGGUUGCGGAUGGAGGUUUUCACGAUCAGAUGAACUAUCCCGGCACAGGCGCUCGCAUUCUGGAGUGAAGCCGUACCAGUGCCCCGUGUGUGAGAAGAAGUUUGCUCGGAGCGACCAUUUGUCCAAGCACGUCAAAGUCCACCGGUUUCCUAGAAGCAGCCGCUCGAUGCGCUCAGUGAACUGAGGGUGGGAGGUCCUCACAUGCUCCUUUCCACCCCUUCACCCAUGAACAGGAACUGACAGAACUUUGUUCGGUAUCCUCCUCACGAUAAUUUAUUUGUCUCCCUGUAACAGCUGAUGCCAUGACUUCACAUACAUCUAUUUUUUUUAAAAGAAAAAAAAAAAACCACCCA